GUCUCGUCACCACCGCUCCUCUGCACAUUUCGAUGUGAUGGAGACGGGGUACGACUUCAUUCUCGGCACUCCGUGGUCUCGUCGGUUCCGCAGCACCGAGGCCGAUUGGGCGACCAACACUCUCGUUCUCAAAACGAAGUGUGGACAGACGUAUCGCGUACCUUUCAUAGGUACCACGGCGACACCACGCCCCGAUCCUCCUCCCUCGGAGCCUUCAGUGCCCACACCAUCUCCCUCUAUCAUUGUCACCUCGCCUCGGCAGUUCGCUCACUUCAUUCGACAGCACAACGUCACCUUCUUUAUGGCGGACGUGACGGAUCUCUUACACUAUGAUCCACGCUGUCCCGACGUCGAGCUCAUCCCUCUGGAGCCAGAUCCUCCCUCUAUCUCCAUGACUCCCAUCUCUACUUCCGUCCCUCCGCCGUCCGUCGAGUCCACCCCGCCGUCGCGCGCUGACGCUGACGCUGAAGAACUCGCAGUGGUGAAGCUCGUGCCUGACUAUCGUGUUCACCACCAGGCACCCUACAGACUCUCGAUCCCCGAGGCCACCGAACUCGAGCGUCAGCUUGAGGAGCUCCUGAGACUGGGUUUCAUUAAACCCAGCAACUCCCCGUGGGGUGCACCCGUCCUCUUUGCUCGCAAAGCGGAUGGAACUCUUCGUCUCUGCAUCGACUACCGCGGUCUCAACCGCUACACGAUUAAGAACAGCUACCCCAUGCCUCGUUCCGAUGAGCUGUUCGACCGCCUAGCAGGCAACUGCUUCUUUACGAAGAUUGAUCUUCGUAGCUGUUACCAUCAGAUCCGCGUCGCUGCAGCCGACCAGCCGAAGACCGCGUUCCUAUCGCGAUUCGGCCACUACGAGUUCACGGUGAUGCCAUUCGGCCUCACCAACGCACCCACUACCUUCCAGAGGGCGAUGAACGACAUCUUCAGGGACAUCCUGGAGCAGUACGUUCUCGUCUACCUCGACGAUAUCCUGGUCUAUAGUCGUACCCUUGAGGAGCACCUCAGACACCUCCGCGACGUCCUUGACCGCUUGCGCAAACAUGGCUUCUACGCCAAGCUAAGCAACUGCCGCUUUGCCCAGCACAAAGUGGAUUUCUUAGGGCACUACGUGUCUGACCAGGGUCUCCACAUGGACAACGCGAAGAUCACUGCUAUUGCGGAGUGGCCCGCUCCCACAUCCGCCAAGCAGCUUCGCAGCUUCCUCGGCCUGACCAACUACUAUAGUAACUUCAUCCGGGGAUACGCUAGGUAUUCCUACCUCCGCUACUCCUCGUCUUACCAUCCUCAGACUGAUGGUCAGACCGAGAUCACGAACAGGACUCUCAGGGAUAUUCUCCGAAAGAUUGUUCGUGACGACCAGCAGUGGGAUCUCCAUCUUGCCCACGCGGAGAUAGCCUACAACCACGCCGUCUUGCCAGCCACGGGGAUGUCGCCUUAUCACCCGCGUGUUCCCGCGGACUUCCUUCGACCGUCCCAGAUGCACCCCGACACGAGUUGUCUCGCGCUGGAUGAUUGGCUUGCACACAUGACGUCGAUUAUGAAGACCGCACAUGAGCACAUAGCCGCUUCCCAGACUCGCAUGGCAGCACGUGCGAACCGAUCGAGGAUGGAUCACCCAUUCAAGGUCGGUGAUGAUGUGCUUAUCGACGCCCGCCACUUACAGCUCGAAGCGGACGCGCUUCUCAAGUUUCAGCGUCGCUUCUUUGGCCUAUGCCGCAUCCUCCAGGCCGUCGGUUCUGAUACGGCAUCUAGCCCGGUCAGCUUUCGUGUGAAGCUGCCUGACUACCUACGCCAGGCUUGUGUGCAUGAUGUCUACCACGUCUCGUUACUGCGUCCUUACCGCAGACCGUCUGAGCGUUUCGCUGGACGACCAUACGAGCGCCCUCCACCCAUCAUGGUGGACGGCCACGAGGAGUUCCUCGUUUCAGACAUCAUUGGUCGCCGAGUCACCGACGACAACCCUCCCCACGUCGAGUAUCUCGUAAGUUGGAAGGGUUACCCUGAUGAGGAGGCUACCUGGGAGCCCCUCGAGCACUUGCAGCACGCUCACAUGUUGGUGCAUGCCUAUGACCGUGCUCGUCAUGCUGGGUUCACUGCUCCUCCUCAGCCCACUGACCCUCCUCCUUCUCCUCCGGCUGAGGAGACCGCUGAAGUUGAGCCUGCUUCAUCUGAGGCAGACCUUCAGCAGCAGCCAGAUGCUUCUGAGCGUCCACAGCGCACUCGUCGUCGUCUUGCUCGAUACGACGAUUGACUCUAACUUACGUUCCCACGUCCUUGUCUUCUCAGUACUCCAUCCACAUCAGUUUUGCUACUUCAGCUUGUCGACGCUGCGACUCUU